AACGCGACAACGCUUACCAUCCACCGCCCGUUCCGGCCCUUUCCACCCAAGGAGGCGAGGCUUUUUCUUCUUCUUUUCCAUUCUUUUUUUUCUUGCUUUGCACUCUUUCUCGCUGUCUGUGUUUGGCCGAGAUAAUCGCGGCGGAUGAAUAAGCCUGGCGCCCGUAUUGGUUGUAAUGUAUGUACAUUGGUGUAAUCGUAAUAAAACCCCGUCGAGCCCGCCAUCCGAGUGAUGACAGUGACAGACGUUGGUAAACAUUUGAACUUGUGUCCGAGUACCCAAAUGUGCCACCACAUGCCUUUGUGCCUUCAAUCCUCUGAUACUCAACCUAUAUUUCCGUUCCGGCCCGCACAAGUUCCGGCCAACCGUUCCGUCUUUGAUCGCACUAUCUGUGUAAUCAUUUCGCCAUGGCUGCUCAAUCAGGGCAAUUCACGCGGUUCCAUGUCCCACUAA